UAUGCUGAAUUAAAAUUACCCGGAUUUUCGAAUUUAUAGACCAUAUCGCACGACUUUUCAACCAAAGGAAAAAAAGUUAAACGUAAAAAUUUCCAGAGGUUAAUGAAAAAUUCGAUUCAAUAUCGUUAAAGGAUUAGUGGAUUAGAGGAAUUAUCGUCAUGGUUGGAGUUCUAAGAAGGUCCAUAGUAAGGGCUUAUUCAAGUCAGACAAGUCCAAUAAUAUCGUCAAGUUUAUUAUUGUCAAGAAAUCCUAUAAUUACUGCUGAUUUAAAUCCAUUCGAAGCUCAAUAUUAUAAAUAUCAACUGGAGUUAUGGAGAAGAUUGAUGUGGACUUUCCCUAAAUGGUUUUAUUUUAGAGAAGGUACUUUAGCAGAACAAAGAUUUCGUCAAUUAAAUAAAGAUCCUGUCAGUUAUAACCCUGAUAUUGAAUAUCCUCAAGGUAAACCAGAAAUAAGACAUAGAAGAGAUAGAAGAUUCAAACAAGUUAUAAAUCUUCCAAAGACUUAUAAACAAGUUGGAGAAGAAGGUCAUGAAGAAGAAAGUCUUACCAAGUCUCAUGAUGAUUUAGCUCGUCAAAUCAUUCCUAAUUCACGUGUUACUAAAGCAGAUGAAUCCAAUGAUUUAACUAGUUUAGAAAGAAAAUUGAGUCGUACUUUAUACUUGGUUAUAAAUCAAAAUAAUAAUUGGGUAUUACCAAAUUUUGUUGAGAGUUCAACUGAAGAAAUCAAAGCAUUACAUACAUUAGCCGAAGAUGGAUUAUAUAAGAUUGGAGGGGAAAAGAUUAAUUACUUCAAUGUAUCAAAUACUCCAUGUCAUCUUCGUAUUAAUGAAGUUGAAAAUAAAAAAGAAUUCAUUAUAAAAUCACAUAUAUUAUCAGGUGAAUUCAUACCCCAAGAUGAAUCAUUACAAUAUUUAUGGUUAACUAAAGAAGAAUUGAAAGGAAAAUUAGAUCCUCAAUAUUAUUAUGAAAUUUCUCACUUAUUUAGUGACGUUUAAACAGCAUAGAUUAUGUACAUAUUAUUAUCAUCAUUAUUAUUAUUCAUGUAAAUAGAUUAU